AUGAAAUCUGACGCAUUCAGACAUGGGCAAGGAGAUGACCUGCCAACAAAUGCAAUUCCCCGUAUCUAUAAGGACGCGAAAGGCAUCAUCAAUGCUGGCAUCUCUUCGUUGGAAAAUGCCGUUGGGGCUGACCACUCGUCCAUCCAGAACCAUUUUCAUGCACUCACAAAAGGACAAGGAGACGACACGCUAAUAUAUGCAUUUCCGCCCAUCUACAGGGAUGUGGACGGUAUCAUCGAUUCGGGCUUCUCGUUUGAAAACGCCGAUGGAGCUGGCCAUUCGUUCAUUCAAAACCAUGCUUUGGAAAAAAAACUCACUUGGGAAAAUAUUCUCUCGCAAGUGAUUGGAUCUGCAACUGCUGCAGGUAUAGGCCCUAGUGCACACGCGAAUCUCGAUUCAGAUGCAGAAACUGCAAAUAAUGGUGUUGAAGUAAAUCGACUUUUUCCUGAUGUCAAGAUUGAUGGCGUCAACCUUACCUCACUUUCUGAAGAGGCUUUGAAGGACUUGUCCACUCAGUACUUCUUGGAAACGUUUAUCAAUUGCUUGCAGAACUUGGAUUUCAACUUUCUCCUAAACAAAUAA